UCUGUACUUCUACUGUGCAACCAUCUACCCCUUCACCAUGCGCCCACUUUCAAUUAUUAUCCCGAUACUUUCUGCCGUCACCUACACCCAGGCUACUACUCCACCCGCUUCCCAACCGAUCUCUACAGACAUUCUCUACUGGCCGAUAACAUCCGCCGAACCCUCAAUUUUCGCCCGCAUCUCCUACGACCCAAGCUCUUUAGAGGUCAAUGUGGCCUCUUAUUCGCCUCCAACUACAGUACAAAAUGAUUCGCGAAGCCCAGUGCGUAUCGGCCUGUAUACCUCCAAUGGGAUAGACCCAAAGCAAUGGACAGGGACUCUCACGUCCUGGACUGUCAUCGCAAAAAGUGAUGGGCCAAAGCCAAUACUCCAGCUUUAUCUCGAUUCUUCCAAUAAAGUAUAUCACGCCGCCUUAACAUCGUCAACAUCAUCAUCAUUACUCGAGUCUGCCACUGCAUCAACUUCAACUAGCCCCAACGUAAAGCUUGUCCAUGUCGAAGCGGGGCCUCGACCACAUCUCAAUCGCCCCGUUGCGGUUGGUCCAGAUGGCAUCAAACCCGAAGAAAUCGUCGAGAAGACAUUCUUCCAAAAAUAUUGGUGGGUUUUCCUCAUAAUCACAUUUCUGGCUAUGUCUGGUAGCGGGGAAGAAUAAAUCCUUGCCCGCCUCUCUCAUUGUUAAUUUAUAAUCAUCCUAAGAAGCAUCCGCCAAGAGAGAGGGGGGAGAGGGGAGGGUUAGGCCAGAAUUGUCAGAGAACGACACCAUUGCAUGUAACAUCUAACAACCGUACUGAGGAAAGAGCUCAAUGGCCGCUACAAAUCAAUCGUGACUCGGUAUUUGAACCUAUCUAGAGGGCGUCCGCAUUUUCAUGACCUGGCCCGAGAUGGAGUUGUGCUCCCUAGGCAGUCUUUAAUAAAUCUCCGGUACUAGGGAGGAUAGCAAAGGAAGGGGUAACAAAGGAAAAGGGGAAUAUUCCUGCAUCCUAGAGGUAGAAAUUUUUGCACUGGUGAUGUUCAUCUGAAUGGGUACCAUUAAGACCCACCUGAAAAAGGGCGUUUUCUCUGGUCUGCAGCAAUAUUAGUCCUAGUUGCGCGUAGAUAUCAUCUUAGUAUUUAAUUUGUGUGGGUGAUUAGAUAUCCGAAUAAAACACAUAAGUGCAUCUACAGUAUUUGUAUGUUUCCUUCAGCUCAUGGAAGCACAUCUUAUGGAAUUUUCUUU